CCACUCUCUUUCUCUACCUCUGCACUCACGCCUUCUCGCUGAGCCCUUUUCGGUCUUUUUACCACGAUCCCCUUCUCUCAUAAUCAGACGGCCCACACCUCUCCACGUCACCAUCGUCUUCUUCAUCAUCAUCAUCAACAACAUCAUCACCUCUCACUCUUUCUUCUCGCUAUCUCCUUAUAUUAUUAAACCGCCUCUUUCUUAGGGUUUCUCUCAUUGACAAAUAUAUCCAAAAUCAUGAUGACACCUGUCUCCGAAAAUAUCCGCCACUUCUUGUACCGUAGAUGACGUUUCGAAUUUCGUGUUCAACUCUUCAAUUCCUAAUUCAAUCUCAAUAUCUCGCGAAUGAGUUACCGUGAAAAUUUUGAAAUUUGGUGAUUUAAAGGAGUUUUGAGUUAGGAUUUGUGAUUAAUGGCGAUAGAGAAGAAUAAUUUCAAGGUUUCGCGUUUUGAUUCGGAGUUUUCCCCGGAUAGUAGGGGGACUAUGUCAAGUGAUGAGGAUGAGCUUCAAAGACGAAGCUCAGCCGUUGAUGAAUCAUCUGAUGAUGAUGAAUAUGAUGAUGCUGAUUCAGGUGCUGGUUCGGAUGACUUUGACUUGCUUGAAUUAGGUGAAACUGGGGCGGAGUUCUGCCAAAUUGGGAACUUAACUUGUACUGUUCCUUUUGAAUUGUAUGAUCUUUCCGGUUUAGAAGAUAUAUUGUCUGUUGAUGUGUGGAAUGAAUUGUUAACUGAUGAGGAGAAGUUUGGGUUAGCCAAGUAUUUACCUGAUAUGGAUCAAGAUACUUUUAUGAGGACGUUGAAGGCGCUUUUUGAGGCUGAGAAUUUCCACUUUGGGAGUCCCAUUAAGAAGCUGUUUGAUAUGUUGAAAGGGGGCUUGUGUGAGCCAAGAGUGGCGCUUUAUCGGGAGGGAUUGAAUUUCUUUCAGAAGCGGCAACAUUAUCAUCAUUUGAGGAAGCAUCAGAAUACUAUGGUUAGCAAUCUUUGUCAGAUGAGGGAUGCGUGGAGUAAUUGUAGGGGGUAUAGUAUUGAGGAGAAGCUUAGGGUUUUGAAUAUUAUGAAGAGUCAAAAGAGCUUGAUGUAUGAGAAGAUGGAGGAUUUGGAGAGUGAUUCAUCAGGACAAGAGGAAUCAGGGGAUGGGUUCUGGAGCAAAAAGCUUAAGGAUAGGAAAGCUGUUCAGAAAAUGCGGCAUCAUUCUCCAUAUGCGGUGGGUUCAACUUUGGAUUUUCCCCAAGGACAGCCGAUGAGUAUGGAACCGGUAAAAUAUGGGAAGCAGAAUUCAAAAGGUACUUUGAAGAUGGCUGGGUCCAAAUUGCAUUCUGGGGGCCGCUUUGUGGAUAUGAAUUCUGGGCCAUAUGGUUCAGGAGUAGCUCCUCCUCGACUGAGUAAAGGAGCAGGGUAUGAGUCAGGGGUUUCUUUAUGGAGAAGGGAUCAGUUCAGUGUUGACGAUGAUGAUGAUGUUGAAGAUCCAUUGUUUGGAAUGGGUAGUCAAAGAGAUCGAAAUGCUACACGGGGUAGCAUGAUGGAAAAAUCUGGUGCUUGGAAAAUGGGAAAGAAGCCUGACUUUUUGAGAGGUGAAGAAUCAGGCAGUGAUGGUUUCAUGGGUUUGUCUAUGUCAUCGAAGCACGAUUUACAGGCCUAUGGUAAAAACAAGAAUGUAAGUCAGUUGUCAGAGGCAAAAGUGUAUACAUCAAAGCCUUUUACCAUGAGAACAUCUUAUGAGUUUUCCAAGAAGGCUAAGUAUCCUGAAAAUUCUCAGCAAACAGUUGGAGACUAUAUGAAGUCUCUGAAACACCGACCACAGCUACCACUGAAAGGAAGUCGAGCUGAAAUAUUGGAUCGUGCAGAACCAUGGUAUAACAGAACUCAAGGAGAGGCAUUUUCCAAUGAUUUGCCUUUUAAAUCUGAUGAUCGGCAUGGUAGAAGCAAAAAAUGGAAGACGGGGAAAGAGUCUCCUGAUAUCAAUUUUAGAUCAUAUAAAGCUUCCUCACCACAGAUGAGUGAUAGAUUCUUACAUUCUGAGUUCAGAGUGAAGCCUUCACAGGAGAAGAUAAGAGGGAAUUUUGUGCAGAAUGGAGGGCUAGAUAUGGCAGCAUUGAGAGGUAACAGAAAGCAUGUAAAAAAUGAAGAAACAGAAUCAGAGUCAUCUGAACAAUUUGAUGAUGAUGAUGAUGACAGCAAUCCUUUAAUGAGGAGCAAGUUAGCCUACCCCAGUGCUGUUGCUGAAGGUUCUCGAUUUUCUUCACUGAAACCUGGUCUGGAUGCUAAGAAGUCCAAAUUUAUAAAGAAAGAUAAACUAGAGAAUACACGGGCACUUGAUGGAAUCACAAAAUCCUCCAAGAUGAUGGGUGGCUUUAGUGAGCAUGCACGAAUACCAGGAACAGAGAACUACUCUUUGAAAACAAAACAGAAGGGUAAGAGGCGUGAUAACAGUCCCUUCCAUAAUUCUACUGCCAGGGUUUUGGAAGAUAGCUCUCUGUCAGGAUUGGGCAAAUUUAAAGAUGAUGACGAUAGGAAACCUAUCUACAAAUUUGGCAAGAAUGGCCAAUUACGGGGGGAACAUGGAGAAAGGAUGCACCUGUCCUCACUGAAGGCCUUUCCUUCUGAGAGAAAGCAGAAAGCAGAACUUGCCCAUGAAUUUAUUGUUGAUGAGGAUGAUGAUUCACUUGCAACACGAUUAUUGGUUAACGGUGUUAAACAGGGCAGAGUGAGGAAGAAAGGUAGGGAAAAAUCUGAGGCUUCAUUAGUAGAAUGCAACUUGGUGAUGAAGAAGAGAAAAGCGAAAGGGGAUGUGAUGGAUGUGGAUGGAAGAGAUCAGCAGCAAAUUGAUGAUUCCGUUUUCUUGAAGAAGAAGGGAAAAAGGAAACUGGAGGCUGAUGCUGUUACUACAGAUUUGGAAACUUCUGAGCCACCUGUUACAGAAGCAGGAGCAGCAGAUGUUGAGCAGGAAACUAAACCACAAAAAAAGCCUUUUACUUUGAUAACACCUACAGUUCAUACUGGCUUCUCAUUCUCCAUUAUACAUCUUCUUUCAGCAGUUCGCAUGGCAAUGGUUACUCCACUUACAGAAGAUUCAUUAGAAGUUGGCAAACCUAGAGAGGAGCAGAAUGAAAAGCAUGAAGGUGAAGUUAAUGGUGUUGUUUCUAACGAGAAUGCCGAUGUCAGUAACUCAGACCAGUCUGGGCAAGGGAAGGUGCUUUCUCUUACCAUUCAGGAGAUUGUUAACCGUGUGAGAUCAAACCCUGGAGAUCCUUGUAUUCUUGAGACACAAGAGCCACUUCAGGAUUUGGUCAGAGGAGUUCUCAAGAUAUUUUCAUCGAAAACAGCACCUCUGGGGGCAAAAGGUUGGAAGAUGCUUGUGACCUAUGAAAAAUCUACGAAAAGUUGGUCCUGGGUUGGCCCAGUGUCUCAUAUCUCAACUGAUCAUGAGACAAUUGAGGAGGUGACUUCACCUGAAGCUUGGGGACUUCCUCACAAGAUGCUUGUCAAGUUGGUCGAUUCAUUUGCAAAUUGGCUGAAAAGUGGUCAGGAAACCCUUCAGCAGAUAGGAAGUCUUCCUGCUCCUCCUGCGUCGUUGAUGCAGUUCAACCAGGAUGAGAAAGAUCGGUUCAGAGACCUAAGAGCUCAAAAGAGCCUUAACACUAUUAGCCCAAGUACUGAGGAAGUGAGAGCUUAUUUUCGUCGGGAGGAAGUCCUUAGAUAUUCCAUUCCUGAUAGGGCUUUCUCUUAUACAGCUGCUGAUGGCAAAAAAUCUAUUGUUGCUCCUUUGAGAAGGUGUGGUGGUAAGCCAACUUCAAAAGCCCGAGACCAUUUUAUGUUGAAACGUGAUCGACCACCUCAUGUUACAAUUCUCUGUCUUGUGAGAGAUGCAGCUGCCAGACUGCCUAGUAGUAUUGGCACAAGGGCAGAUGUUUGUACUUUAAUCAGAGAUUCUCAAUACAUUGUUGAAGAUGUGUCUGAUGCACAAGUUAACCAAAUUGUUAGUGGAGCAUUGGACCGUUUGCAUUACGAACGUGAUCCUUGUGUGCAAUUUGAUUCUGAGCGGAAAUUGUGGGUUUAUUUACAUAGAGAUAGAGAAGAAGAAGAUUUUGAGGAUGACGGAACUUCAUCUACAAAGAAAUGGAAGAGGCAGAAAAAAGAUCCUACUGAGCAAUCUGAACAAGCAGCAGUAACUGUGGCUUUUCAUGGGACUGGUGAUCAGGCUGGAUAUGAGUUGGGCUCCGAUCUCAAUGUUGAGCCACCAUCUAUUGAUUAUGAUAAGAUACCAGAGAGUGGUGAUGGCAGACCAAAUGCAGAGGAUAAUGUUGAUAAUAAUCAUGGGUCUGAGCAGGGUAACGCACACCACAGUCAUCCAAUGGAUUGGGAGGCUCUUGACUUAAAUCCCGUGCAAGAGAACAAGUUGCUAUGUCAAGAAAAUUCAACAAAUGAAGAUUUUGAUGAUGAAACAUUUGGAAGAGAAAGGCCAGUUGGACUCUUAAGUGCAAGCUUGUUGUGAUGAAAUUUUCAGGUAGUUUUCAUUGUCAUCAUGCCC